CCUGAUUGGUGCAGCCGGCACACGUGGUCCCGCCCUCACGCCUCGGCGCUGGCAGCGCGGCGGACGCCGCCGCGGGACACAGCACAGCGCGGCGCUCCGCGCACCGCUGCGGCGAGGAGGGGAGCCGGGCCGGCGGGAAGAGAGCAACAGUCUGCUAUAUUUGUGAUCUACAAUGAAUGCCAAAUCUGCAAUCAGCAAAGAAAUUUUUGCCCCACAUGAUGAAAGGAUGCUGGGAGCUGUCCAAGUGAAAAGAAGAACAAAAAAAAAGAUUCCUUUCCUAGCUACUGGGGGUCAGGGUGAAUAUUUAACAUACAUCUGCUUGUCAGUGACAAACAAGAAGCCAGCUCAGGCGUCUAUUACGAAGGUGAAGCAAUUUGAAGGCUCUACAUCUUUUGUCAAGAGAACGCAGUGGAUGCUUGAACAGCUUCGGCAGGUCAACGGUAUAGACCCUAAUCGGGAUUCCCCAGAAUUUGAUUUACUAUUUGAAAAUGCUUUUGACCAAUGGGUAGCAAGCACAGCUUCAGAAAAAUGCACAUUCUUUCAGGUCCUACAUCACACUUGUCAGCGAUACCUCACAGACAAGAAGCCAGAAUUUAUCAACUGCCAAUCUAAAAUUAUGGGAGGAAAUAGCAUACUCCAUUCAGCAGCAGACAGUGUGACAAGUGCAGUACAGAAGGCAAGUCAGGCUUUGAAUGAGCGUGGUGAACGGCUAGGUCGAGCAGAAGAGAAGACAGAGGAGCUGAAAAACAGUGCUCAGCAGUUUGCAGAAACUGCACACAAGCUUGCCAUGAAGCACAAAUGCUGAGAUACUGCCCAAAGCUGAAAUUUUCCCAAGAGAAACUGAAAAGGCUACAUUCAGCAAUUUUUGCAGGAGGUCCAGACUUCUGUGUAUUUUUUUUCUUCCAGUUCAGUGGAGAUGCAUUCUUUCAGUUUCUAUGCAGGAAAAAGUGUUGCAUUUCUACCUUUUUGACUUAUUUUUGUUGCUCUUUUGUAAUACUGCUACACAGUCCUGCAGUACUUUCUAUCUGUAUUUCAGUUGUUACAGGAGUCAAAGCAAACAGGGGAACUGGACCAAAUGACAAACUGAUCGGGAUUAAAAUAGUAAUAUUCUUCCCCAGCUGUACAGAAAAUGAGUUAACUGGUUGUGUGGAAAUAAAAUCCAAAGAAGGGGGGUAUACUUUUCUUCAUUUUAUGUAGCAUCGGCAGAAUGUGAAUGUUGGAAUUAAACACUUGUGGUUGUAAUUACAGCGGAGAAUAGGCUGCUUUGUCCUGGGAAAUGGAAAAACUUGUUUUUUCUGCCCAACGUAGGAAGUUUUGCAUGUGCCAUCACCAGCAUUCAAAGUGCAUAUCUGAAUUCCAUAGGGGAAUCUGUUACCAGUGCUGCAUUUUGAAUAUGCCUAUUUUCUCUUCCAGACUGAUCAUUUAAUAGUAUAAUGAAACCUACAGCAUGUAUGCUUGAGUUUACAAAACUGAGGAUAAAAGUAAUUUUUAAAUCCAUACACGUAUAGCUGUGCCUCAAACACAAUCUAGAAUUUAGCAAUCUGGUAUAAAAUAACAUUUUCUUUUCUUUUUGCCUGUGAUUCCGUGGUUAAAGGCCUAUGUAAAUGAGAAUGCAAGGGCCUGGGAAAAUGAGAAUGCACUAUUUUUCAUGUCGUCUGUUUUUCAUAAAUUCUACAGAAAGAAUUUUUGGGAACACUUCAGAAAUUUGUCUUAUUAGAAUGACAUUUUUUUUAGCUAGUCAUCUGAUUUUUAAAAUAGAGGCUUUCAAAAAGCAUGUCUUGGUACACCAGAAUCAUAAUUUAUAGUUUGGGUCUCAGUUUUCAAUAUAUAUUGUCACUGGAAGGGUGACUCUACUUCAUUCUGUGUUCAGUAUAUGCAAUAUGUGCACUGUAUUCCCUCACAAAAAUAAAUAGGUUACUCUUUUUCUUCACAGCUGUUUUCUUUUUUAAGAUGUUCUAAUGUGCUUCUAGAAUGAAGGAAAAAAAAAAAUUAAAAAAAAAGAUGCUGCACUUUUUAUUUUAAACCAGUAAGCCGGAUGCAGAAAUCCUAGAAGUUUCAGCCUUCAUCUUCCAAAGAUGCCUGCUCUUAAUUUUUGUCCUCAUCUUACCGAAAAAACAGAAAGCUGGCAUUAUAUGAAUGUACUGUAGUUUUCAUUUUCAAUGUAGAAUAAGAUUUUUGCAUUAUUAGUGACGCUAAACAGCCUAAAAUCCUCAGACCAGUGUUUGCAAGAGGGAUAAAAGCUUUUGUAGUAAUUGAGAAUAUUUUAGUUACUGCAAGCUGAAGUAACUGAAGAUCUCUUAGAAAUAUUCACUCUGUAGAAAGAUGCUUGGCAUUCUCAUUUGAACUAAGGGCACUGUCUAGUUAAGUGAUUCCAUUCAGACAUUACAUCUGGGUUUUUUUCCUGCAAUUCAAAUUUGUUUUGUAUGAAGCUUUUUAUUUAAUAUCACACUGGGAAUUGAGAGAAGGGGUAUAUUUGUCAUCUGUGUAGUACCAUACGAUCAUUUAGAUCUAUUUAGCGUCAGCUCUAACAGUUACUGCAUCCAGCAUCAACAACUGAAAAGGAAUUUGGCCACAUCUGUUAUAAAUCAGAACAGGCUCAUUAAUGACAUGAGUUCUGAACAUUCCAUUGGGCUACAUACAAUUAAUCCUUGCCCAGGAAACAUCAGUGGCUUUCUGCAGGCUAUUGUAACAACUAUGGUAUUUCUGCAAAUUAACCAGGAAGACAGUCCCUCAUUAGAAAUUAAACUGCUAGAGACAAAAUGUUAGGCUAUUUUUUAAAAAUAGCUGCAUUAGAAAUCAAGUCAGAGAGUACAUUUUUGACCACGUAGCUGUAUUCUGUCAUCAUCUUUUCUACUCUUACCUUUUUAACUGUAUUCUGCUGCUGGCCUCACAAGUCUUUCUCUUGAGAGAAAGAAGGAAUAGGUUUUGAACUGCUGCCAUCUAGCUGGCCUUCUAAGCUUGUCAGUAAUUUAGAAGAAAUGUCUAAAGCCCAGAUCAGAUAAACCUGAAAAGAAUGAGUUGUCUAAAUUCAGAUUAAAAGUCAUAGGUUUUCAGGUGUUUACAUGAAUAUCAGCUGGACAGGACAAGGUCACAGUUGCACUGCUAAGUUCCAGACCUUUUGUGAGUUGAACUGUUCUAUAACAUUACUUCAGUCUCACUGACAGUUUUUCAGCAUUCUUUUAUAUUCUCCAGUUAAGUGUAUUGUGUUAUGUAUCAUAACUCAGGAUUUUAUCCAACCGUGAAAAGCCACUUACUGUGGGAAUUCUAAAUCACCUAGUGUUAUCGAAAGAAGGAAAUUCAGUUUGUCGAUGUGUUUACUUUGUUCUUGCUGUUCACUAAACUACAAGUUUUGGUAGAUUUUAGAAAAAAAAAAAAAAUCAGAGGUGUAUAAAUGUCUAUCCAAAGGUAUAUCUUAUAGCAUUGUAAUUUCUUCUGGAACUUAGCUUGUAGUAUGUACAACCUAUUAUUAUUAGAUAGUCAUGUACAUAACAUAUACUAUAAUUCAGGUCAAUGUUUCAUAUGAAGGAAUGUAUUUGUAAAUUGUAACAACAUCACUAGUUUCUUUAUCUUUUUAAAGUUCUGCAAAGAAUAAAAAUAAUGUGUUGUUAGACUUGAAUACUGUACUGCAAACUCUGUCUUAAAAGGCUACUUUUGUGACUAGCAAAAGUUGUGCAUUAUGUGAAAUAUUAACAAAAAUGUGCUAUCUAAAAAGUGAUCUUAAAGGUAGGUAGGUUUUGCCAUGUUACGCCAAAAUUGUAACACUCGCUGGUAUCUAUUGUAACCAAUUCCUCGAAAGUUCUCAAAGAUGUAGAAAUUUUGUGCCAUUCGGGGAGGAAAAAAAAGUGGGACCUGCUCUCUUGAGUCACUACUGGAAACCCUGAUUUUGUCAUUAAAUACUUUAACUGUGAUGAAAA